GAGCGGAGAGACGCGCAGGGCAGGCACAGCAGGAGGAGAGCUGAGCGGAGAGCUGAGAGCCGACCAUCAGCUGUGCGUCUCUACCAGAUGAACCAUCAGACAUAGCCGCAGACCCGGCUCUGUGCUGGGCACCCGGAGCUAGGCGCAUGAGUUUGUGCCACAAGGCUCUACUCACAACAUCUCCUCCAUAGACUCUAUUUGUUUUCUUUCCUUGUUUUUUUUUUCUCAUCAUUUCAUUGCCAUCAUGGUACUGGCCAAAGUGAGGGCAUUGGCGAUCUACUUUGACAGCUUGAAUGAGAGCAACCUGCCGGUGUUCUCCGGCGGGGAGCUGGUGUCAGGCAGGGUAGUCGUGGAGGUUACCGGGGAUGUGCGGGUGAAAAGUCUGGACAUUGCCGCGAGAGGAGUCGCCAAGGUCCGGUGGACGGAGUCCAGGAACACGGGAGCCAACACGGCGUACACUCAGAACUACACUGAGGAGGUGGAAUACCUGCACCAUUACGACACCUUGAUUGGAGAGGAGAGAGACGAGGACUGUCCAGAGGAAGGUCUGACGGUUCUGCACGCCGGCGUACACGAGUUUGCUUUCAGCUUCAACCUGCCUCAGAUGGCGCUGGCCACGUCCUUCGAGGGGAAGCACGGCAGCGUGAGGUACUGGGUGAAAGCUGAACUGCACCGUCCAUGGCUUCGCCCAGUCAAAGCGAAGAAAGAGUUCAUUGUGUUUGAACACAUCGACAUCAACACACCACUGCUGCUGGCCUCUCAGGCUGGUACGAAGGAGAAGACCCUGUGCUGCUGGUUCUGUGCCUCAGGCCCGAUCUCCCUCAGUACCAAGAUCGAGAGAAAGGGCUACACACCAGGCGAGUCCAUCCAAAUCUUCGCCGAGGUGGAGAACUGCUCGUCCCGGGUCGUGGUGCCCAAGGCUGCGCUGUACCAGACCCAGACCUUCUUCGCCAAAGGCAAGGGCAAGCAGAUCCAGCAGCUGGUCUCCAACCUGCGAGGAGACCCCCUGCCACAGGGGAAGAGCCAGAGCUGGGAGGGAAAGCUGCUCAAAAUACCUCCGGUGUCCCCCUCCAUCCUGGACUGCCCCAUCAUCAGGGUGGAGUACGCCCUCGUGGUGUAUGUUGACGUUCCUGGCGGAUUGAACUUGUCUGUCUCGUUGCCGUUGGUGAUCGGGACCAUACCUCUCCAUGCCAGCACCACCCGCACCUCCAGCAUCAGCAGCAACUGCAGCACUUUGAGCUGGCUCGGCCUGUCUGGGAGACCUGAGGCGCCACCGAGCUACAGCGAUCUGGCAAUAUCAGAGUCUCACAGGCGGGAUUGUCUGCAGGGCUGUGAUAGGUCUGACGAGGAGGGAGAGGACCUGCUAACGUAUAUCACAGAGUUCAGAUAUCUUCCCCCGCCACUCUACUCUGAGGUCGACCCUUACCCCGACCCCGUGGAGGUGUGUGGCACCACGGAUGUCAGGAGACCCGACACGUGUCCGUCCCGCUGAGGAGAGCCCCCAGAGGGCUGCUGCAAAAAAAACAAGACGCCGUCGUCACCCUCAGCUCCCGGGCCCACAUGGCCAGCUUCUCACCAGAUUAUGUAUCACCAUAGAUAAGGCCAGACCCUCCGUGACCUGGGAGCGUCAGCUGAGAGAGUAUUAGGUGACCAUUGACAUAUGGACCAGGGAUUUUGAGCCAUGCUGGAUCUUCCAUAUCCUGUGCUCAAGACGAGGCAAAAAAAAAGAAAAAAAAAAAGAAAAAAAAAAGUUCUGACGCCACUGUCUGACGGUCAGAAGACGCCUCCUCCUGCCUCACAGUGAAUUUUGCACAUACCGUACUUACUGUUUUUCUACCUGUGGUUUUAUAUACUGCAGUUUCCCGCAGGCCUAUAUGCUACAGAUCUAAACAAUGUUAUACUCUUUAAUCUAAAUGGCACAUCGAGGAGGACGAAAGCUGUCGUCAGUAAGACGAUAGCUUGACCUCGUGACUGUGGCCUGAAGGUGUCAGCGUCACUAACCAGACUUCAGGUGGAAAAAAAAAAUCUCUUUGUGUGAACAAAGCUGAAACUCAGUGAGAGAUUAAAAAAUAAGACAGAUGAUGUUACUAGUGAUUAGUUGCAGAAAUGUGUCACAAAAAUGACACCACCUCGAGCACUUAAAAUAAAGCUCAAAUUGUGUCUGAAUGUGUGAGUGUGUGUGUGUGAGAGAGACAGAGAGAGAGAGAGAGAGAGAAAGUGUGUGAUUGUUGGUUUAAAUGACCAGGUUAAAAACCCAGACAGGGUCUAGAGAAAAGCACAACUCCGACCAACCGAGAUAAAGUACCACAAGUAGCCUGUUGGUUUCUGCUCUGAACUGAAGCUUCUCUCGCUGUAGAUUUUUCCAGACGUUAAAGAAGCUUUGUGCUCGCAAAAAGAAUGGCAAUGUGUAAAACAUAAAUGUUUACAGAUGAAUAUAUCAAAUUGAGAAUGUUGUUCAAACACGAUUUCUUCCACCUAAAACUAUCAAAGUACCAAGUGCAAUAUAUUUUUGUAUUUGUGAUUUUUUUGCACUAGUUUUUCAUAUACUCUGUUGCUGUUUAUUCCAUUUCUGUGCAUUAUAUAUUAUUGUUAUGAUCUUAUUGCUGUCAUGAUCAACUUUUGAUAAAA